AUGGCAAGAACAGGUCGAAUGUGCUUGUAUGGUGGCUUCAUUUUCGGACCGGCGGCCACCAAAUGGUAUUCCUUCCUGCAAAACAAGAUCAACCUCCGAUCGCACAAUGCUACCAUCGCCGCACGAGUGCUGGCAGAUCAAACAGUCUUCGCCACAUGCAAUAUGGCACUUUUCCUGUCCACGAUGUCCAUCCUUGAAGGCAGCAACCCCUCGGAAAAGCUUGAAAAGAGUUAUUGGCCGGGGCUGAAGGCCAACUGGGUGCUAUGGCCGGCCGUUCAAGCGGUAAACUUCACGGUAGUGCCGCUGGAGCAUCGGGUACUGGUUGUGAACAUAGUCAGUCUUGGCUGGAACUGCUUCUUGAGCUGGCUGAACAGUUCAAGUUCUAAGUGA